AUGGAUAAGGACAUUGAUGUCGACAAGAUCAUAGAGAAGUUGUUGGAAAGCAAAGGAGCUCGCAAUGGAAAACCAGUAAAUCUAACCGAAAGUGAAAUCAGAUCAUUAUGUGUGAAAAGCAGGGAGAUUUUCUUAACUCAACCCAUGUUGCUGGAAUUGGAAGCACCCAUCAAAAUAUGUGGUGAUAUUCAUGGACAAUACACAGAUUUGUUGAGAUUAUUUGAAUAUGGGGGAUAUCCACCUGAAGCUAAUUAUUUAUUUCUGGGAGAUUACGUCGAUAGGGGCAGACAAUCCCUAGAAACCAUCUGCCUACUACUUGCCUAUAAGAUUAAAUAUCCUGAGAAUUUCUUCCUGCUCAGGGGAAAUCAUGAGUGCUCCUAAAUCAAUCGUAUAUACGGAUUCUAUGAUGAAUGCAAAAGAAGAUAUAACAUCAAGUUGUGGAAAACCUUCACAGAUUGUUUCAAUUGCUUGCCUGUCUGCGCAGUCAUCGACGAAAAGAUUAUCUGCAUGCAUGGGGGAUUAUCACCUGAACUGACAAACUUGGAACAAAUUCACAGGAUUAUGAGACCCAUUGAAGUUCCAGACACUGGGUUAUUGUGUGAUUUGUUAUGGUCGGAUCCUGAAAAAGAUAUCUAAGGAUGGCAAGAUAACGAAAGAGGUGUCUCCUUCAUCUUUGGAACUGAUAAAAACGACUUGGAUCUAGUCUGCAGAGCUCACCAAGUCGUUGAGGAAGGCUAUGAGUUCUUUGCUAAGAGACAAUUAGUUACCCUCUUCUCUGCACCUAAUUACUGUGGAGAAUUUGAUAAUUCAGGAGCACUCAUGAGUGUUGAUGAAACUUUGAUGUGCUCGUUUCAAAUACUAAAAUCACAGGACAAAAAAAAUGUUCCAUAGGCUAGACCAAGAACACCAAAAUACGUUAAUUGAUAUAUAUUUGAAUCAUUAUAUA